UGCACAAACGUAUAGGUGUUUUUUAAUAUCUUGAUUUCCCUCGAAAUUUGGUUGCCAACUUGAGCUUUUCACAGACCCAGCAACUCAGAAUAAGUGAUUGAUGGGAGAUAGCUAAUUCUACAGUCAAACAACAGCUACAAUCGUCCCAAAGACGUACCACCAGUCAAGAUAUCACACAGAUCGAGAUCAGACCAUCAUCAUGGGGGGAGGAGAUCUGAACCUGAAGAAGAGUUGGGAUCCUCGUCGCCUUGACAACCAGGAGAAGAAGUGGAAGCUAGAGGAGAGUGACAAGAAGGAGCGAAAGAGACUUGAAGAACUCAAGGAGGAGCGUCAAGAAGAGAGAGCCAUAGAAGAGAUGAGGAGGAGAGGAGAAGAUGCGGGGGUCAUUGAGAAACGCAAAGAUCGCCUAGACUGGAUGUACAAAGGACCAGGGGGUCAUGUCAACCCUGACGAUUACCUGCUUGGGAAGGAGGUUGACAAAGUCAUCGUUGAUAAACAAAGUGGAAAUACUCAGUCCAACGGAGCUCUGGAUCGUGGUUCUAUUGCAGUUGUGAGCAGCCCAGCAAGUCCUGCUAUUGAUGCCAAGGAUAUGGCUAGAAAGAUGCGAGAGGAUCCACUCUUUGCAAUCAAAAAGCGUGAACUGAACAAUCGGAAGGAGCUAGUUAGUAAUCCAAUAAGGAUGAAACAGCUACAACAAUUGCUUCAUUCUCAAGUUGGAUCCGACAAAAAGAAGAGUAAAAAGGCCAAGAAACACAAGGAGAAGAAGAGGAACAAACACAGGAGGUCUGAGAGCGAGAGCGAUGAUGACACAGCCUCAAGACACCAGAAGAGGAGAAUGCACAACUCUGGAGCGUCCAGCGAAAGACACAAAGGAAAACAUCACAUGAGAGGUCACAACAGAAAACAUUCAAGUGGGAGUGACGACGAUCGGGGUCGCGGACGAGGACAGGAACAGACACUUGCUUCCCUGAACAAGAGUAGAAUGAAAGAGCUUUUAGAGAGAGAAAUAUUGAAGAAACAUAGAGGGAAGAAAGUCCAGUCCGAGUCUUCCUCCAGCGAGAGUGACUCUGACGACCAGGGCAUGCAGCGAAAACGACACAAAUCAACGGAGAAAAUGAAAAUGUCACGAUCUCAUGAGAGAGGGAGAGAUGAUAUGUCAUCACCCCCAGCAUCAAGGAGACAGCGACAUGAUGAAGAGAGAAUUCCAGCAGGUUAUGGUCUGCAGAGAGGAGCAAGAAGUCAGCGAAGAUCCCCGCCCCCGUCUCAAGCAACCAGCCCUCCCAAAUAUCAGUCCGACAGUAGAGACAAGCAUAGCUCAAGAAACCAUGAUAGAUCUUCCCAUUCUAGAACCAAACACCACGAGAAAAAACAGAAUAGGUCACCCUCACCCGUAUCCAGAGUAGAGAGAAAUAGAAAUAGUGACAAUCGAGGUGAGAAACGGAGGGGAAGGAGUCGAUCACGUUCACCUCUGAAGCAUCAUGGGAGGUCAUCUGACAAAGUCUCGAGGAGCAAAUCUCCACAGCAAAGGAAUAGCCAAAAGAGUAUGGCGCCAAAAAGGAAACUGACGACCGAGGAGAUGGAGCGAAAGCGAGCUGAGAUGAUGACGAAUGCACAGUGGAGGGAUGACCAACGCAAGUCAAGGGUCAUGACCUACGAGAAAGAGGAACAGGCCGAGGUCGAAAUGGAGAAGAAGAAAUCCAAGAAUGCUGAAUUUGCACAACCUAUGAAGUUACCUGAGAACAGCUCAGUAGAAGAUCGUAUCCAUAGAAAUAUCUAUAACAUCCAACGGACCAAAGCUGCUCUUGAUAAGAACUUCGCCAAGAGGUGACCGGAAUAAUAGUGGAUCAACAAUGACAUUCUUAGGAUUGGUAAUGUUACUCCGAGACAACUGCAUCUUAUAGAUCCAAAGUUGGAUUGUUUUGUCAACACGAGAACUGGUUCAGGAACUGGGCAGAAACAAGCUUAAGUGGAGAAACUAGAUACAAUUAUUACAUGCAUGUACCCUAUGUUGUGUCUUGAUACUUCUUGCUCAAGUUUCAUAAACAAAACUCCAAUUUAAAGGAAAAAAGACAAAAAAGAACAACACAAUAAGCAAACAAUAUAUAAUCAUAAAAUUUGUUGUAAUUUCAUUUGGUUUAGUUCAUUCCUCAAAGACCUUUCCUUAAAGUAUACGGUACUUUCAAGACUUCAAUUUUACCCUUUUAAAUUUAAAGUCGAUAAUAAUUUACAUAAUUCAAAUAUAGAAGUGUUUAACUCUUUUUUUUUUUUUAAGUCUACAUAAACUCUGUUUUUGUUUUUUACUUUGUUUUGAUAUACUGUGUAUAAUUCAUGCUCAACUUUUUUAAUCAAGCUCAACAAACACAUUGACCAAAUGUUGCCAUGUACAGCAAUCUACGUACCAACCAACACUGCGAUGUCAU